AUGAAAAAGUACAUAAGCUUCCAUUCUUCUAGUGAGGACUCCGACUGCAGUGAUUCUCUUUCUGAUUUGAAUGAUUUUGUUAUGGAAGAGGCCUAUGAAAAUAUAAGCUUGCUUUCUAGAGUUUCUGUUGAGGAGCAUCUUUGCAGUUUAAUUAGAUCUCAAUCAAAUGUUGUCCCCCUUGCUGAAAAUUAUAGCAGAUGUAAUGCGAAGCAUAGUGAGAAAGAGCUUACUUCUCAUGUAGCCAAUGUCGAUGUGGAGAUGGAGAGGAACCAAAAAACUGACUCACCUCUUGAUUCUUUAUGUUGUGAAAGGGAGAUGCAUUCUGAUGGUCCUGGUUUGGGUUCAACUAAUAUCAAACAAGCUGAAAACGUUCUUUCUACAUCUCAGCGUUCUGCGGAGAAUAAUUCCAAUGCUUUAGCCCUAAACCAGACCAUUGUUUCGGCUAUGGUUGAUUUGACUCCAUCUAUGCCAGAAAAUGAUGUUGUCUCCUUAGCUGUUGAAACCUCUGGAAAUUUCAAAAAUGAGAACUUGGCAACCUAUUUAGCUCCAGAAAAUAAGCGAUAAGGAGCAUCGAGUCAAUUAUCAAAGCCGCAUGAAAGACGAAAUGCUAGAAACAAUAAUUAAGAGUGAAUACAAAAUCAAAAAUGAAAUCAUUAUUGAGAGAGGGUGUAAUUAGAAUAAUUAACAUAUAACAAUCAUUGAAGUAAUUAGAACCAGAGGAUGUGAAUUUAGUUACAGAUCUAGAAGUGAGAAGUUAGAAUGCAAACUGAGAAACCGA